CCAUUCUGUCCACUUCUCGGUCAACUGCACGCGACUAACCCUCCCUUACUCCUUACUCCCCUCCUACUCCGUGACUCCGUGACUUUCGUGCUCGCGCUAUACACUCCCGGCCAGGCCCACUACCUACCCACUACAAAUCGUCCUCUCGCUCUUUCUUUUCCUGUCCAGAAACGUGUGCCCGCGCGGGGCAAUCAAUGUACAUACAUACUAAAAAAGAGAUGAUGGCAGACGGUGAGAGAAGGGAAGGGAGGGACCAUAAGAAACCACCCCCAUAUGGGUAAACUCUCCCCCAUUCCCAUUCCCUCUCCCUCCUACCUACUUAACUUCCUCUUCCCAUUUCCCAUUUCCCUUCUUAUAAAACCCUAUUAAUUCACUACUACUACUCUUCCCCCCUCUCGUCGUCCCAUGUCGUCACAAGGUUGCAUUUCACAAUCCUCCCAUCGCGCAAGAAGAUCUCCUCCUCUAAAAAUUUAACCGUCCCUGCGCCUGAACCGAACCCAAGAUCCUUGUCUCUCAUGCACCGUGCAACGCCUUAAUUAUUAUGUCUUCGCGAAAAUGUGUUGCGUGCUUUCGCCUCGCAACUUCGGCUCCGAAAGCGCAACGAGGGGUAGCAGCAAGAGCACUCAGGACACAGCAACAGCAGUGCAGAUGGAACAGCACUUCCUCCUCGAAGCAGGUACCGCCGCCGCCGCCGCGGUCUGAUGCGAGUAAGUCCUGGGAAUGGACUACGGCGAGUGUGCUCCUGCUUGCGGUGGGGACUGGAAUCUCGGCAUACGCUGUCGCGAAGCUUCAGGACCCCUCGCUGCGGGUGGUUGAGUAUGCGCGGACGGACAAGUUCCACAAGCCGAAGUAUGGCAGCGUGAAGGAUAUGGAAGCUGCGAUUGCAGAGGUCAAGGCAGCUUUGAGUGAAGAUGCCGUCAGCAUCGAUGACGAGGACCUGCGCGCCCAUGGGUUCUCAGAGUGGUCCUCGAUCAAUAUUGAUACUCUGCCAGUGGCAGUCCUGUAUCCAACCUCUACUGCCGAGGUCUCCGCCAUUGCAAAGAUCUGCCACAAGUACCGUGUUCCUAUGAUUCCAUACUCGGGCGGAUCGAGCCUGGAGGCCAAUUUCUCGGCGCCGUACGGUGGGUUCAGCGUCGACUUUGCGUUUAUGGAUAAGAUCAUUCAGCUCAACAAGGACGAUAUGGAUGUUGUGGUCCAGCCUUCCGUCUCGUGGAUGACCCUGAAUGAGACAAUCGCCGAUUCGAGACUGUUCUUCCCUAUUGACCCCGGACCAUCAGCCAAGAUAGGAGGCAUGGUUGGGACUAACUGCAGCGGCACCAAUGCCGUUCGCUACGGUACCAUGAAAGACUGGGUCAUUAACCUCACUGUCGUCCUAGCAGAUGGUACUAUCGUGAAGACCAAGCGCCGUCCCCGCAAGACCUCAGCCGGAUACAACCUGAACUCCCUAUUCGUCGGAUCCGAAGGAACCCUCGGCAUGGUCACAGAAAUCACCCUCAAGCUCGCCGUCGUUCCCCAAGAAUACUCAGUCGCAGUCGUCACCUUCCCCAGCAUCCGCGCCGCCGCCUCCGCCGCCGCAGGCGUCAUGCGCGCCGGUGUCCCUGUUGCAGCUAUGGAGCUCAUGGACGAGGUGCAGAUGCGCGUUGUGAACAUUAACGGUGCUACCAAGCCUAAAGUCUGGAAAGAGCUUCCAACCCUGUUUUUCAAGUUCUCUGGCACCAAGGCAACGGUCAAGGAUAACAUCGUCAUGGUCAAGGGCAUCGCGAAGCAGCACGGCGGAGGCAACUUCGAGUUCGCCGCCACGCCACAGGAGCAGAAACUCCUCUGGUCUGCGCGCAAGGAGAGUUUGUGGAGCAUGAUGGCCAUGCGCAAGGAGGGCUCCGAAGUGUGGUCCACCGACGUGGCAGUCCCCUUCUCGCGCCUCGCGGACAUCAUCGAGAUCAGCAAGAAGGAGAUGGACGACCUCGGCCUCUUCGCCUCGAUCCUCGGCCACAUCGGCGACGGCAACUUCCACGAGUCCAUCAUGUACGACAGCCGCGUGCCGGGGGAGAAGGAGAAGGUGGAGCGGUGCGUGAAGAACAUGGUCAUCCGUGCCUUGGAGAUGGAGGGCACGUGUACGGGGGAGCAUGGGGUGGGGAUGGGGAAGAAGGAUGCGCUGAGGAUGGAGGUGGGGGAGGAGACUAUUGGGGUUAUGAAGAGUAUUAAGUUGAGUUUGGAUCCGUAUUGGAUUAUGAAUCCGGGGAAGAUUAUGGAUGUGCCGGGGUCGCCGUGAGCUGGACUGGGCUGUUGAGGGUGGGAAUGGGGCAUCUUGGGGGGAGGCUAUUGUCAUUUGCAUUUUUUUUGGUUUUGGGGAGGAUAUAUAUGGCUGUUGAGGCCGUGAUGCUAGCUAGAAGGUUCGCUGUAUAUACUUCAGCAUCUGGGCGGCACAUUUUCUUUUUUUGGUUUUAGUACUAGACGCACAUUUAUCACUUGAAUAACCAACCCAUUCUCUGUCUUUG